UUUCGGUAAAAAAACUUCGGCCGGAGAGGACACGACCGAGCAAACAUUCCGGCUGUUUUUAUUCCGCUGCUGGUUUUUGCUUUUUUCUGCUGCUCGUCGACGUAAACAACCGAAGUCCGCACAACGUGCUCGUUGUAAUUGCAAUUAAUCGCCGUUCGCCGAAAUAAAAUUGACAAAAAAAGGGCAACCCAGUGCAGAAAUAAAGUAAAAAAAAAAAACCAGACCGAAACUACGGAUGUGCGCGUUGGUGUGGGUGUAUAUUUUUGGCGUGCGCGGCCAUUUUUUCUUGUUUUAAUUCUGUGGGAGCGAAAGAGACGCCAAACCGCAAAGAAAAACUACGCAAAUCCGCACUAAAAUUCGCGCUAAAUUGUGGAAAAUAAAUCAAUCGCCGAGGGCACCGAAAAAACAAACAAUCGGUCCUCAAAUAAAGUGCCAAACUACACACAAUUUCUCUAAGUGAAACACACCUACAGACCCCCUCAACACCCGCUUCCACCCACAAAUCAGUUGGAGAACACGUGCUCGCUGAAUAUUAAUUUAAAACUGGCCACUAAAUUGGGCCAAAGCUCCUAGCAGAGACACACGGAAGGGACUGUAAUAUCGCACAAAGCUUCAAGCCGAAUUGUGUAAGUCAGCCAGGCGGCCCGUUGAGUGUCGACUUCCCGUCGACGACUUCAUUCCACUAGCAGUUGUUGGCCAGCUCAGCUCGCUGACCACGCCCCCCAAGCUGGACGCUCGCACAAUCCCCUACCGCCCGCUGACCCUUGGCGGCCACCAGCCGCCGCUUAUGGCCGAACUGCCGACGGCGCCAAACGGCGUCCCCAGCGGCGACUACCUGCACCGAUCCAUCGACCAGCUGAGAUCCCUGGGCCACCUGACCACGGCUCAACUAGUUCACGACUACAAGCCCUUUAACAUUAGCGAAUUUCGUCAGAAUGUGGCCGAGCGCCUGGACUACUCUCUGAAGAAUGGAUUGCAGCAGCAGCAACAACAGCAAAUGGUAAUGGAGCAGCAGCAACAUCCCGACCAGCAACAACAGCAUCUGCAUCACCAACAGCAGCAGCAGCAGCAACUAAAGACAAGCUACAGUGCCCCCAACUCGCCGCCAACUCCACACGAGCAGCAGGAGCAAAAGUACGAUCCUAGUCGAUCGCCGGCGCGACAACAGAUGAGCAGUGCCAGUGGAAGUGGCAGCAACGGAUCCUCGCCAGAGGAGGAGUCCCGUCGGGGCGAUGGCGAGCAGACGAAGCCCUACAAGUGUGCCUCCUGUAACAAGUCGUUUGCCAACUCUUCAUACCUGUCGCAGCAUACGCGAAUCCACCUGGGAAUCAAGCCGUACCGAUGCGAGAUCUGUCAACGCAAGUUCACGCAACUGUCGCACCUCCAGCAGCAUAUCCGGACUCACACGGGCGACAAGCCCUAUAAAUGCCGACACGCCGGCUGUCCGAAGGCCUUCUCCCAGCUUUCCAAUCUGCAAUCGCACUCGCGAUGCCACCAAACGGAUAAGCCGUUCAAGUGCAACUCAUGCUACAAGUGUUUCGGCGACGAAAUGACCCUGCUGGAACACAUACCCAAGCACAAGGACUCCAAGCACCUGAAGACGCACAUCUGUAACCUGUGCGGGAAGUCGUACACGCAGGAGACGUACCUGCAAAAGCAUCUGCAGAAGCACGCCGAGAAAGCGGAGAAGCAACAGCACAGGAACACCGCCCCGGUGGCUGCUGCCGCCCAUCAACAGCAUGUCCCUGCGGGCGGAAUCGGCCUGAACCUGCAGCGCCAGGCGAUGAACGACGCCAAUGCCGCCUACUGGGCCAAAAUGGGAGCCGAUAGUGCGGCUGCCUCGCUGGCGGAGGCCAUUCAGCAGCAGCUCCCGCAGGCGAAUGGUCAACCGUAUGGUAACUUCGCCUCCCUGCAACAGCCACACCAUAUACCAGCUACGCAGGAGCUAAUGCAGCAUCAUCAGCGAUUGGCCGAUACCCCGGGCCAUUCGCACAGUCCGCACGAGGAGGCCACGGGAGAGGAUCUCGUCUUGCGGCAAUCGACACCACAACAUCACCUCCAGCAACAGCAGCAGCAGGCGCAGCAGCAACAAGCUCAGCCGGGGCCUGGAUCAUCGGCGUUUACGCCGCUCACAGCUUCGGUUGCCCAUCCGCCGCCGCCACACCUGCAACAGCAUCGGGCACCGCCGGCGGCCACUGCCGCUUACCUCUAUCAGCAGAAUGCAGCAGCUGCGGCCGCUGCCUUUCCCACGCAGCUCAUUUCGCUGCACCAGAUCCGCAACUAUGCCCACCAGCCAGGAGCGGCGGGCCUCAUCGCUGGCGAUCACCUCCCCCUGGGCCUGAGCGCCGUCAACGCCGCCGCCAAAGAGAAGGCGCAAUAGUACAGGCCUGGGCGAGGCCACAAGAGGCACCAUCGAUGACAUUAGCCUUAGGUCAGCGUUUGAACUGGGUUGCGUUCGAAGAAGUGGAUGAAAAGUACAAACGAGUUUGUGCAUUAACCUGUUCUUAAGCUUUGAAGACAAUUCACUUGAAACACUCGAUUUAGAGAUAUGUUAGUCUAAGUAAUUAGGAAGUUGGAAGCGGCUGAGAGGCUGGGAUUGCUGCUGGUCUCCGCCCGAAACCCUUCAAAACCAUCCAUAUCUGUAUACGAAUCAUCAUCACUGCCCGAAGUUCAAGGUCCAACAGCAAUCCUUCAGCUUCUCUCCCCUUCCAACACCCAACUUGAAGUAUAGUUGUGUGGGUCAACUCAGGUUUUCUAUACGAUAUAGUUAAUUAUUUAUUUCUAAAACUCCCCUUUUAAUAUCCUUGAGCAAUAUCGAGCUAAAACUCUGACCUAUUUGAACGGAAACCGAGCUCAAAUAGAUCACAGUUUUGGCAUCCACCUAGGGGCCGUACAAAGUACGGCGGUAGUCCUGCGGAUUUUAGAUUGUACAUAAGUGUAUGUAUUUCUGUGCUGUAAAUGUAAUCGUAUUGUCCUAGAUAUAGGUACCCUAGAUCCUACCUAAUUUAUCAACUAACUAGUGCCGUAAGGACAUUUUCUACGUGUGUUAGGCAACCUAAAAAGUGAAUUAAUUUGCAAAUGUAAA